UUGUUCAUGCGAUACAAAACAAUUUGCUGAAUACCAUCCUUGUUUCGUCUGUUUCGUUUGUGCCAGUUUGAGUAGCGAGCGUGAAAACGGUUUGAAAUUGUUUGGAAAAGUGGCAAUAUUUAAUUUGCUAGUAAAAUUCGGAGCUUCCGAAUAAAAGCAUAAUUAUGGGGCGUCCGAAACGCACCCUUGGCCAGCCAUCUACAUCGACCGCGAAGGUGCGCGUCAAUAUCGGCGUCUCAGCAGGACCCAGCAAUCUAGGAUCCAGCAGCCUGCUCCAAUCGACCCAGCCGAAACAGAAGAAAGGUGCCUCCUCGUCGGCCGUUUUGACUGAGCCCGAAUUGGACGAAAUGGUGAUAAGCAUGGUGAAGGUUGUUUUGAACCUGUCGGUCAACAAGCAUCCGAUCAAGAAACAGGCCCUGGUAAAGCAUGCGCUCGCAGGAAAUGGCCGGGCCUUUGCGAAGGUUAUCGAACGGGCCACGAACGAACUGGCUCACGUCUAUGGGUACAAACUAGUCGAAACGGAGCGAAACAAAAAAUAUAUUGUGGUGUCCACGAUCACCAGUGGUUCCGUGCUCGACCUGACUGAGAAGUAUCGCCGAACCUACACUCUGCUCUAUCUGAUUCUGGGCUACAUUUUCAUGAAGAGCGGCGAUAUUCCCGAGCAGGGCCUGUGGGACUAUCUGGCGAAGCUGCACAUCACAAACGACCGGAAGCAUGCGUACUUUGGAGAUGUUCGCAAACUGGUGACACAAACGUUCAUCAAGCAAGCAUACCUGGUCCGAACGAAGAAGGUGGUCGAAGGCAUGAAUGAGGAUCGAAUCUUCAUCGGAUGGGGAGUACGAGCCGAGCAUGAAUUGAGCAAGAAGGACAUCCUCGAAUCGAUGUGCAAGCUGUUGGGAAGGCCGUCCAUUUGCUACAUGGCACAACACACGGCCGCUUACGGUCCAAUGAGGAAUGAGGAUGACGAGGAUGAUGUCGUGGAACCCACGCCGAAGUGAGAUUAAAUGAGACUGAUUUAUGAGGUAAGAAGCCAGACUUUUGAACUAAGACUGAAACCUGAUUUUUGUUUUGUUUUUAUGGUGAUGACUAGGUUUCAUCACCACAGUGGACUGAAUUUACUGUUGUACCUGUUUACCUUGUUACUCGUUAUUUUUAUCUAUUAAAAUAUCUGAUUAGCAGUCAGUAGUGACUAUCGAAGAAAAAAACUUGAUUACCUUAA